AUGGGAUUUGUUCAUGCUGCCCGAACCAAAUUCAGCUCUUUCGCCGAUCAGACGCAACUAUCCGAGUUGCAGCAGGAGGUGCAGCAGGCGAUGGCACAGCUGCAGGCCAUUCGGCACCAGCUGAACUCGGGAGUCAGCCUGCUGCACAUGUCACCUGCUCCCCAUGCUGCACAUGCACCCCAUACACCCCAUGCAUCACAUGCACCCGAUGCUGCACAUGCACCCCAUGCUCCCCAGGCUGCACAUGCGCCCCAUGCACCCAAUGCAUCACAUCCUCCCCAUGCAUCACACACACAUGCUGCAACGUACAUGCCAUCCGCACCCAACACAUACCCUUCAUCAGCACUACACCCCACAAAUUCCCAUGCCACACUAGGCUCCUCUCACCUUACACCACAUUCACCCGUGGGCUUCCCACCCCUAGACUACCCCAGACCCGUGUCUCCCUCUGUAGCGGCUGCUGUAGCUGAAGCUUCUGCUGCCGCAGCUUCAGGGGCAGCAGGGGCAGCAGGGGCAGCAGGGGCAGCAGGGGCAGCAGGGGCAGCCGGGGCAGCAGAGGCAGCCGGGCCAGGAAGGGUGGCAACAUUCGGAGGAGUGGCAGGAGCACCAGGAGCAGGGUCACCGGGUGGCAAUGAUUUGCCUCCAUGGGUGUUGCCCAUCUCUGCUGCUGCAGCCGGUUUGCUCCCUCGAAAGAAAGGUGGGUUUGCUCUGAAAACAACAGUGGCUGCAGCAGUCGUGAAGGGUUCUGACGCUGACGCACAGAAAGAUGACAGUUUCGCUGAACCUGUCAAACGUGCGGAGGUUGGAGACGAGGAUAAGAAUGCACCCGAGGAAGACAGUGACCUUGGUGAAGAAGCCAAGAAUUCAAGUGCGAAGAAGUCAUCCAAGAAGGGGUCAUCAUUGGGAAAGUCCCACAAACGCCAAGGAGAUAGCAAACCACCAAGGACUCCUACGCCCUAUAUUAUAUUCUCCAAUGACAUCCGCGAGUCUAUCAAACAGAGGAAUCCUGACAUGAAGCCAACAGACAUUAUGAAGGCAAUCGGUGAACAAUGGCGGAACCUGCCCAAAGAGGAAAAGAAGACCUACGAGGAUAAGGCAGAGGCGGAGAAGGCCAAGCUUGGACUAGAAAAGGGUAACACGGAUGGGCCAGCCUCCGCACACAAAGGAACAAAAAUGAAUGCUAAAGCUACAACUAAGUCUAAAUCCAGAAAUGACAAUGAUAAGCCUCGUUUGGGAAGACAUGGUCAACCAAACUCAAAGCCUGCUAAAGGAAUCCUUCAAGAUGGAUCUAUUGUCUUCUGCCUUGAAAAUCGGAGCCGAGUUGAGGAGGGACUGGGGGAAGGAGCUACUUUGGCAGAUAUUCAACAAGAGCUUUCCAAGGAGUGGGAACAGUUGGGCUUUGAAGAGAGGCGGAAGUACAUGAGUGCCGCAAAUGCAACUGAUGAUAUUGAAGUCAGUCCAUCUAGCAUGGCAGACAAUCCUGAUCCGGCCUUAGCAUCGUCCAUAUCAGAUGCUAUUGUUGCUGGAUUCAAGGAAACCGAGGAAGGAGAUGUUGAGUUUGUGUUGGCACAAACACUGGAGGGUGACUUUGUCACUAAGAGAAAGAGACUGGAUUAUACGGAUCUUGACUAUGAAGAGGCGAAGAAGCACAAAUCUGGCACUGAUGUUUCAAAUGCUAUCAGCGCUUUCAAACGAAGGAAGCGACAGUUUUAUGCUGAGAUAGAGCAGCGAACUGUAAAUGGUGUCCUGGACCUUGACGACAUCUCUGCAGGAAGCAUGCUUGAGACCCUUGCCUUUCUCGGAAACAUGCGUGAGGAUGUUUUUCCUACCACAAAUUCGAAGCUCCAAUCUCCUGAUGUUUGGAUGAAAGUUCCAACGCUAGGCCUUUGCCUGCUGGUUCAGAAUCUUCUGGAUGGCGAAAGACAACAUAAAGCAGCUCUUGCACAGCAACUCGAGGAAGCUAAGAAAAGAAUUAAGGAGUUGGAGAGGAGUACAAUGAGGAUGGAGGAGUGA